UAGUUCCGGCCCCGGUUGGGCCUUGUUUCCCAAAAAUAGCGCUAGCGAGUAUCCGUGCGCCGGUGUCAGUGUCUCCUGAGGAGCCUCAGCGGGGAGGAGGCAGGAGCGGCGGCAGGGAGCGAGGGGGCGCGGGCGGGCGGGGGUUUAUAAGAAGAAGUAGGAACCUUUUCUCAAGCUGAAGACUAAGUAGAAGAAAACUGUAUCAUGUGUUAGGAUACUGAAGAGUGAAAUUUCUUGGAUUAGUAUAUUUCUGGAUUGCAAAGCAAAAGAAAGAGGCUGAAAAUGGGGAGAAAGAAAAUACAGAUCACAAGAAUAAUGGAUGAACGGAACAGACAGGUCACCUUUACAAAGAGGAAGUUUGGAUUAAUGAAGAAGGCAUACGAGUUGAGUGUACUCUGUGACUGUGAAAUAGCACUCAUCAUUUUUAACAGCUCUAACAAACUCUUUCAGUAUGCCAGCACUGAUAUGGACAAAGUUCUACUUAAAUACACAGAAUACAACGAGCCCCAUGAAAGCAGAACCAACUCAGAUAUCGUUGAGACCUUAAGAAAGAAAGGCCUUAAUGGUUGUGAGAGCCCUGAUGCUGACGAUUACUUUGAGCACAGUCCACUAUCGGAGGACAGAUUCAGCAAACUAAAUGAAGAUAGUGAUUUUAUUUUCAAGCGAGGCCCUGCUCUGAACAAGAAGGAACACAGAGGGUGCGACAGCCCGGACCCUGACACUUCAUAUGUGCUCACACCACAUACAGAAGAAAAAUAUAAAAAAAUUAAUGAAGAGUUUGAUAAUAUGAUGCGGAAUCAUAAAAUCGCAGUGAGUACUAAACCUGGCUUGCCUGCUCAGAACUUCUCGAUGUCGGUUACAGUUCCAGUGUCCAAUCCCAACACUUUAACCUACAGUAACCCAGGGAGUUCCCUUGUAUCCCCAUCACUGGCAGCCAGUUCAUCAUUAACGGACACGACCAUGCUCUCCCCACCUCAGACCACCCUUCAUCGGAACGUAUCGCCUGGGGCACCUCAGAGACCACCGAGUACUGGCAACGCAGGUGGAAUGCUGGGGACAACUGACCUCACAGUGCCAAAUGGAGCUGGUACCAGUCCAGUUGGAAAUGGGUUUGUGAAUUCUCGAGCUUCACCAAGUCUACUCGGAACUACUGGUGGUGGCAAUGGCUUGGGCAAAGUCAUGCCUACAAAGUCUCCACCUCCACCUGGAGGAGGUAAUCUUGGAAUGAACAAUCGCAAACCUGACCUCCGUGUUGUCAUCCCGCCCUCCAGCAAGGGUAUGAUGCCACCGUUGUCGGAGGAGGAUGAAUUGGAGUUGAAUACCCAAAGGAUAAGUAGUUCUCAGUCUACACAGCCUCUUGCUACCCCUGUGGUGUCUGUGACAACCCCAAGCUUGCCUCCGCAGGGAUUGGUGUAUUCAGCCAUGCCUACUGCCUACAACACUGAUUACUCCUUGACUAGUGCAGACCUGUCUGCCUUGCAGGGAUUUAACUCCCCGGGAAUGCUGUCUUUGGGGCAGGUAUCCGCCUGGCAGCAGCACCACCUCGGUCCAGCAGCCCUCAGCUCUCUCGUUACUGGCAGCCAGCUAUCUCAGGGUUCAAAUUUAUCCAUUAAUACCAACCAAAACAUCAACAUAAAAUCCGAACCGAUUUCACCUCCCCGGGACCGUGUAACUCCCUCUGGGUUCCCGCAGCAGCAGCCACAACCGCAGCAGCAGCCGCCGCAGCCGCCGCCGCCGCCGCAGCAGCAGUCGCGGCAGGAGAUGGGCCGCUCUCCUGUCGACAGCCUCAGCAGCUCCAGCAGCUCCUACGACGGCAGCGAUCGGGAAGACCCGCGAAGCGACUUCCACUCGCCCGUCGUGCUGGGGAGGCCGCCCAAUUCGGAAGACAGAGAGAGCCCCUCGGUAAAACGGAUGAGGAUGGACACGUGGGUGACAUAAACGCGCAGCGCUGCCGCCUCAGUUUUGUGUUCUCAAAAUGAACUGUCCUGACAUAUCUAAAUUUAUAAAUAAGGACAUGAAAUAAGUAUAUUUAUAUGUAUAUACAUACGUGCAUAUAUAUAUCUUCACAUGCAUAUAUAUGUGCUAGUGUGUGUAGCAUACACAAAAUCAUCGGGCACUUACGACAAACUUCUUGUAUAGCCGCAGAUGUCCCAUGGUAACAUGUAACAGAACAAUCCCGUAGGUAUUGAUCUAGCCUGGCACUUACCCGGACUUGUCGUUUUAAUAAUAUAACCUGUUUUGCAGAGAACCGUUGUACCCGCAUUAUAAUCCUACCACACUAGAUCGCAGAAACCGAGAGGGCUCGCCUGUAGUAACGUCCCUGUGUGUUUUAUUCAAGCUGUAUGGUUACUCGUAGUUAAGAAAUAAUGCUUUGUAGCAGCAGAGCAGUAGAAAAGCAGGAAGAAGAAAGCAAUACUGUACAUAAAAUGACCUUUAUACUACCCAACGUGGCAUGGGUCUCUAUUGCAGAGCGUGCAUGGAGAAGGGCUGAUGCUAUAAGAAAUUAAAAAAUACAAAAAAAAAAAAAACCACAAAAAAAACACAAAAACCCUGUUUUGCACGUGCAAAAAAAAUAGCAUAUUGGGUCAAAGAAGUGACUUUUUUAAUGAGUGAAAGAGACAUAGAGAACUCGCAUGAAAUAUUCAGAAAAUAUUAGCCUAGAAAAUAGAACGUUAACAAAAUAAAAGUAAUAUAUUAAGUUAUAAUUGGAAUAUGUUUGACAAAUUUGUUUUUACCUUCCUACCUUUGAAAAAUAUAGAAACGGAUUUUAGCUCAUGUAUAUUUUAUAUUAAAGAAAACAAUACCCUAAUGAAUUGAAGACUAUAUAUAAAGUUAUAUACAGUACUUUUGAACACAUUCUGCUAUGAAUUAUUUAUAUAAGCCAAAGCUGUAUGUUGUAGCUUUUUUGUAGAGUAUAGUUUUAUCUUAUUUUGACUUUGUAGUUUUUGCUUUCAAAGAUGAAAAGGAAAAACUUGCAGGCGGAACCUUGGGGGAAAAAUAAGCCAUGAACACUUAUAUGUAAAUUUAAAUUUGAGCCAAACUCUUUGUGUAUAUAGCAUCCUAAAUAUAUUAUCACCUUUGGUGUAAGUACCUAUGUAUUGUACGUUCACCAGAUUAAAAAGUAUAUUUUUGUGGAUUGACGCCGACUUGAAAAAAGGCGAGGUCCUUAUUAAGUAGAGUAUUCACUGUUUAAUAUUUACUAUUUUGUUAAAUAUACUGUACUUUCUUUGGAUUUUAAUUAUUAUUAAUAUUAUUAUCCAGAUUUUUCAGAGGGUGUAUAAAGGGGUCGUCCCCCUCACUGGUGGUGAAUGUGUGCUGUUAAAUUGUAAUCUCUGUGCUGUAUGGUUAAGCUUCAUUAUACAUUUUAUAUAUAUGUAUAUAAAUAGCAAAGUGGCAAAAAAAAAAAUCCGGUGUUAAGUUCAUCCUGCAUAAAUAGAUAUAUAUAUAAAAAAAAAUCUGUUACAACACAUUUUAAGGCAUCAUUUUAAAACUGCCUCUCCUGAGGAGGAGGGGGGGAAAAAACAGUGGAAAAAACUUGACCUAAUUUCUCAUGGUAGGGAAAUAACAUAUCAGCUGAGCCCAAAAGGUUUUUUAAGUUGGUAAGUGGUUUGGGAUAAAUUUGCUGUUCCUCUCUGCUGCCUCUGUGGAACAGAGCGCGCACGCCGGAGGUGGCUCGUGCCCGCAGCUGCCUCCGAGAGGGUUUGGGUCCGUACCCUGAUUCGCAAGCCCCGGCGGGGGGGUGACCGCGAGGGCGCAGGCCCUGGUGUCCCUCCUGGGAGCUGCCGGGCCCCGCUCGGACCCGAAGCCGGGCCCGAGCAGCAAGAGCCGCGGGAGCUGAGAGCGGGUGCAGCGGCUUGUUGGGCCGGCUCUGGGGAGCUGGGGGUGCCGUCCCUGGGCCCCGUCCCUGCCUGGCCCUGGCCGGGUCCGGGCUCUGCCCGCGCCUUCCGGCAGGCGUGAGGCGCCCGCUUCUGCCGGGAGCCAAACCCAGGUUUGCAAGUAGCUGUUAGUGCCAGCAGUUCUAGUUCUGGGGAAGGAACUACAGGGCCAUUCUAUUAUCCCAACCCCUUGAGAGUUCCCCUGGUAGCUAUUAAAUUUUUGCUUGGGCUUUAAUUUUCUGUAAUUAAAAAAUAUCCCUCCCUGGACACUGCAAGGCAGAAGUGUGAGACGCGGCCGCCCGAGGGGGGCGGCUUGGCUGCUCGCUUUAGCGUGCGAUUGAAGGACAAAGUCAGCGUGUGCAGCUUCCAAACCCCGUCUCCCAUCACCACGGUAACUUUAAAAACCGUAGGGGCGUCAGUCCCUGUAGCCCCUCACCUUGGGCCCUCGCUCCCCAGCCAUCGUAGCUAGUUACGGGCUUGCGGGGCCUCGGCCGAAGGGUGCCUCCCUUUCGGCAGCGACUGAACUCACUUACCACCUCCGAGAACCUUCUCGUGCUCUGAAAAGUUACGCGAUUUUUUGCAUUAUUUAUGCACGUGUAUGAACUUUGCUGUACAUCCGAGUGGGAGUUCUGCAUUCACAUUUACUGUCUAUUUUCUUGUGUGCCUUAUAAGAUGGCUUUGCUGACUGUAUCUCAAUCGUCUUUAUUUCUAUGCAGGUUUUUAAACAGUACUCUUACUGUUUUCUUAAGAAAAAAAAAGCUGCGUAAGGGUUAGAGUUUGUAUUGAAAUUGCACCAAUGAAUUUAAAAAAAACCACAAAACCAGGCAGUUCUUAGGAGCUGCUGACGGGACUGCUCACGUUGCCCCCCGCCCUCCACCAGACUCAGCAGAACCAGUCGUCUCACAGCCCUCCCGCGCCGGGGGAGAAUCUCGUGCCGAUGAAUAAAUGGGAGUCCUGGUUUUUAAUAACAACUCACUUUGGAACGUGCUUUUUUUUAAGAAUUGUAAAAAAUGUUUUAUAAAAAAGAGAAAAAAAAAAGACAUAGCACAGGUAUUUCAACAGGUUUAAAAAAAAAAAUUAUACUUUUUUUAAUUACCUAGACUGAAGUUGCGAGGGGAGCCGCCCCAGGCCGAGCCCGUUCGUCUGAACGAUUUAAGAUUUUUAUCUGCCGUUGUGACAAAUCAGGUCGGCUCCGAGCUCUCGCCCGUGUUUAACAAUGCACGUUAUCAGGGAUUCGUCAGAGAAAAAUGCUUUAGCUUUUCCUUUCACCUAAAGGACACUAACGCAUCAGAAACUUGCGAAUUACUGUGCGCACAAGAAAUACAUAGUAAAUAAGGAACAAAACAACUCCUAACAAUCGAUCAUGGGUAGAAGUGAAAUUAGAAUGUGAACGAAAGACUUAACCAAUGUAAACGUUUAAAUCUUAGUAGAAACUUUCUUCACUUUGCUGUGCAAGAGAACACUGCUUUGCUAUAUUUAAAAUGGCUUUUUUAAAAGAGAUUUAUGUAUUUGGUAAAUGUUUGUAGUCAACAGUUCACAAAGAAGCUGUUCACGGUUUAAUGCUGAUAAGCCGUUUGGCGGCACAAGCUGGACUUUGUUGCCAUCCUUGAGACGAAUCUUUUAAGAAAAAAAAUAAGUUAAUCUCAAUUUUUUUCCCUGAAUGUGUUGUUUUUUCUUCAAUAUAUAAUAAAUAUUCUAGUGAACUUUUUAUCAAAUGGUUAAGAAAAUGCUAGAGGUUGUUGUAAAAUAUUUGUAUCCUGCAUUCACUAAAGUAAAGAUACUGGCUUUUACUGUGUA